AUGGCCCGGAAGGAAGAAGCCCCUGCGGCCCGGGCGGGAGGAGCCCCCGGCAUGGAGGCGGAGGGGCUAGCAGAUCCCGCCAUGGCAGAGCCAGCCGAAGAUGCAGACGUCGUCCAAGACCCCAAGGCCUCACCCAGCGCAGAGACUAGCGCCAAGGAGCUGCCAGAGGGCGAGGGCAAGCCCAAGGCAAAUGGCAGCGAGGCGACCGGCAGCUCCAAAGCCUCCAAGGAUGGCGCGAAUGACACCAAGAAGGAGGAGAGCUGUGCUACGGACGAAACGAAGAAGAAUGAGGAGGGAAGCAGCAGCAACCAGGCGCAGAGCGGAGGGACGAGCAAGAGCGUGCCUGAAGCCCAGCUGGACGAUCAGCCUCGUGACGUGACAUGCAAGUGCGGCAAUACGGGCCUUUACCUCAAAAGGAAGUACCAUGACCUCCCGGCGAUCGAGAUCCUCGAAUGCAAGGCCUGUCAGGAGACGGUCGCCGUCUGCGGAGCAUGCGGGGCGAAGAUGAGCUCCGAGGGGGGGCAUCUGCGCAGGCAUGUUCGCAAGCACAUCAAGGAGUCCGAGGAGUACCGUGACCAGUCAGGAGAUGCCAAGGAGAACAUGGCGAGCCGACUUCGUGGGCACAAGGGAGCCAACGGAGACUCCCCAGCCCCGGCCAAGAAGCAGAAGGUGGAGGGGAAGGAGCAAGAGAGCACAGGAGAGGGCACCCCGACCGCGUCGAAACCCUCCAGGAAGUCAACCUCCAGUACCCCUGGCAAGCCGAGGAUCCGUGCUUGCUUCGACUGCUCCAAGAUGAAGCUCAGGUGCGAUGGAGAGCGCCCUUGCUCCUCGUGCAUCAAGAGUGGGAAGGAAUGUAAGGAGAAGCCCCCCAAGACGCCUGAUGCCAACGCCAAGGUUGUCAGCAAGUCCCCAGCCACUCCUGCCCCUCCGUCGGAGACCAAGAUGCACAGAUCGAAGGCACUGCACGACAACGACGACUGGUGCAGAGUCUGCAAGCUCGGAGGCGACCUGCUGCUGUGCGAUGGAGCGAACUGCAGAUGGUCCUUUCAUUUAGACUGCCUCUAUCCUCCUCUCAGCAAGCCCCCUUCCGGAGAAUUCCUCUGCCUCAACUGCCAGGACAAGAGGCUCAAUGACAGCAGGCCGCCAGUCAAGGUCGUCAAGCCGAAAGCUCCGAAGGAGGCUCAGACCUCGGGCGCUGACUCGCCCGUCCCACCUGUACCGCCAGCUAUUCCCCAGUCGGACUCUCCCAACGAUAUGAUAGACCCGUCCAACAUCGCUCUCAACCACGGGAUCUUGAAGGACGAUGCCACUGUCUGGUGUACGAUCUGCAACAGGCUGCUGCAACAGUCUGGAUCAGGAAAGGAUGCCGACCAACUUGACGACGGUGAAGAAGACACCGAAGAAGAGCUGGAGGACAGCAUCCUGAACGAGAGCACGAGUGCUGAUCCGCCUGAGAAGGAGACUGGCGAUGGCAAAGACACGGACGUCAAGAUGAAAGAUGCUGGGGAAGUCGUUGCUGAGAUCAAUCCUCCUCCUCCUCCAGAGUGA